GGGUUAUCCGAGCGACGAAGCUGAACUGCACAUCACACCAAACAUUCGCCGGAAAAAAAGUCGUCUUCAUGGUUUUCUAGAACAGACCCGUGAACAGACGAGCAUCUUCUUAUCCGCCAGGUCCAAGUUCCCGGCCAUCAUCGGCUGCCUCAUCUAGCCACCGCAGUCGAAAGGGAUUGAUGAUCAAGAUGGGCGCAUGCAUGAGCAAGAACGACGAGGAGACGGAGCAGAAGAAGAGGAGCCAGAAGAUUGAUCGCGACCUAGAGGAGGACUCCAAGAAGCUACGGAAAGAAUGCAAGAUUCUACUUUUGGGCUCCGGCGAGAGCGGUAAAUCGACCAUUGUGAAGCAGAUGAAGAUCAUACAUCUCAAGGGCUAUUCAGAUGAGGAGCUCACAAAUUACCGACCAACCGUCUACAAGAAUCUGUUGGAAUGCGCAAAGGCGGUUGUGAAUGCUAUGCACCAGUUCGAUAUCCAGCCAGCAGAUCCGUCGCUACGGCCCUACGUCGAGUUCUUGCAGGAUUACAACAUGGAGGGGUGUCCACCAGGACAGUCGAUAGACCCCAAAGUCGGCACAGCUAUCCAGGCACUAUGGAAUGAUCCAGCAAAGGAGCAACUCAUGGAGAGGCAAACAGAGUUUUACCUUAUGGACUCUGCAGAAUAUUUCUUCACCGAGGUCACGAGGAUUGUGGCCGAAGACUACCGACCAAAUGAAAUGGAUGUACUUCGCGCCAGAACAAAGACGACGGGUAUCUACGAAACGAGAUUCAAGAUGGGGCAGCUCAGUAUCCACAUGUUUGAUGUGGGCGGGCAACGUAGUGAACGCAAGAAGUGGAUUCACUGCUUCGAAAACGUCACAUCCAUCAUCUUCUGUGUUGCCUUGAGUGAGUACGACCAAGUGUUGCUCGAGGAGAGCAGUCAGAACCGCAUGAUGGAAAGUCUGCUACUCUUCGAUUCGGUCGUCAAUUCACGGUGGUUUAUGAGAACGAGUAUCAUCCUGUUUCUUAACAAAGUCGACAUUUUCAAGCAGAAACUGGGGCGGUCACCUCUAGGGAACUACUUUCCGGAUUACUCCGGUGGAAACGACGUCAACAAGGCCGCCAAGUAUCUACUGUGGCGGUUCAACCAGGUGAACAGGGCUCACCUUAACCUAUAUCCUCACUUGACACAAGCCACCGAUACCUCCAACAUCCGUCUCGUGUUUGCUGCCGUCAAGGAAACCAUUCUCAAUAACGCCCUUAAAGACUCCGGUAUUCUAUGA